AUGGCGGCGGUGUACACAACGUCCAACGGCCGCCCGGUCACGUACGCAAAGGCCUCGCAGACCGUUGGCCGCCGCGGCCCAGUCCUGCUCCAGGACUUCCACCUCAUCGACCUGCUAGCCCACUUUGACAGGGAGCGCAUUCCCGAGCGUGUAGUGCACGCGAAGGGAGCCGGAGCCUUUGGCGAGUUCGAGGUCACGCACGACAUCAACGAUAUCUGUGACGCCGACGUGUUCAGUGAGAUCGGUAAGAAGACUAGGGUCGCAGUGCGCUUCAGCACCGUGGGUGGCGAAAAGGGAUCGUCCGACUCGGCCAGAGACCCGCGCGGCUUCGCGGUCAAGUUCUACACCGAGGAGGGCAACUGGGACAUUGUCGGCAACCACACUCCCGUCUUCUUCAUCCGAGACGGCGUCAAGUUCCCCAUGUUCAUCCACACCCAGAAGCGCAAUCCAAAAACGAACCUGAAGGAUCCGACCGCCUUCUGGGACUGGCUGUCCUCGAACCAAGAAUGCGCGCACCAAGUCAUGCAGCUGUUCAGCGACCGCGGCACGCCGCUCAGUUACAGACAUAUCAAUAUGUAUGGUGGACACACCUUCAAGUUCACAAAGAAGGAUGGCACGUACCAUUAUGUAAAGAUCCACGUUAUAUCGAACCAAGGCAACAAAACCCUAACCAACGAAGAGGCCGCCCGCCUCAAUGCCGUCAAUCCGGACUUCCAGACUCAGGACCUUUUCGAGGCAAUAGCCCGCGGCGAGUUUCCCUCCUGGGACAUCGGCGUGCAGGUCUUGAGUCCCGCGCAAGCGGAGACCUUCCGCUGGAACAUCUUUGACGUGACCAAAAUCUGGCCACACGGGGAGGUGCCAAUCCGGCCGAUCGGGCGAAUGACGCUGAACAGAAACCCAGACAACUACUUCGCCGAGGUCGAGCAGAUCGCAUUCUCGCCUGCGCACCUGGUGCCCGGGGUCGAACCCAGUGCUGAUCCCAUGCUGCAGGCUCGCUUGUUCAGCUAUUCCGACACGCAGCGUUACCGCCUUGGUGUCAACUACCAACAAAUCCCCGUAAACAGGCCGCUACAUGUGUACAGCCCUUUUCAGCGCGACGGCUCUGGGGCCGUAAAUGGCAACUACGGCGCAACGCCCAACUACCCGUCGCCUCUUGCACCGCUCACGUACAAGGCCGUCGACACAAAUGUCGCCCACGAGCGGUGGGUUGGUAAGGCCACAUACGACUUGCAAGAGGUCACGGACGAGGACUUCAUCCAGGCCGGCUGGCUUUGGGACGUGCUGGGCAGGCAGGACGGCCAGCAGGACCACUUUGUGCACAACGUGGCUGUCCAUCUGUGCGGAGCCGUUGCCGAAGUCAGGGAGAGGACGUACGGCAUGUUCAGUAGGAUAAGGGAAGACCUUGGGAGGAGGAUAAAGGAGGAGACAGAACGUGAAGUUGCGAAAAGCGGGCAGGAAGAUGACAUGCUGGCUGACUUGACGGACAGACUCAAGUGAGUCGGGUAGAAGGGCUUUAUUUCUCUUGUGUGCGCAUGUCUGCAUGUAGCAAUGUCUUGAUAGUUGGAGCGUGGCUGCGUGCGUGUGGAGAAUCAGCAUUCCUAGUGUGAGGAGUGUAAUCUAUGCCAACCUUGAAAUAAUCAGAGUUUCUUGGACUUCUU